CGCUCCCCGCAUGGCGGCCGCGGGGCCCCCCCCGAGCGCAGCGGGCGGGAGGAGCGGCCCCGAGCGGCGGUAGCGCAGUGAGGAGCGGGCGGUGACCAUGGCCGACCCCAGCCACAUCCAGUCGGCUGCUUCCAAGAGCAUCCGUCCCUUCCGCUCAAGUGAGGAGUACCUGGAGGCCAUGAAGGAGGACCUGGCCGAGUGGUUCAACACCCUCUACGACCUGGACAUCCAUGCGGAUACGUUCCUGGAGAGCCUGGAGACGGGCGCUCACCUCUGCCGCCACGCCAACAACGUCACCCGCAGCGCCCGCGCCUUCCAGCGCCGGCACCCGGAGCCGGGCGCCCGCGUCCCCCGCAACGAGGUGCAGUUCCAGGCCAAGAACGUGGCGCCCGGCUCCUUCGUGGCCAGGGAUAACGUCUCCAACUUCAUCCGGUGGUGCCGGCAGGAGCUGGGCAUCCAGGACGUGCUCAUGUUCGAGACCAACGACCUGGUGCUGAAGAAGAACGAGAAGAACUUUGUGCUCUGCCUGCUGGAGGUGGCGCGGCGGGGAGCCAGGUUCGGCAUGUUGGCCCCCAUGCUCAUCCAGAUGGAGGAGGAGAUCGAGGAGGAGAUGAGGGACCCAACGGGGACCCGGCGCCAGGAGGGCCGGGACCCACAAGCACCCUCGUACCCCGGGCAGGCCCGACCCAUCUCCCUCUGCGACCUGAAGAACCUGGAUGAGCUGGUGCGGGAGAUCCUGGAAUGCUGCUCCUGCCCCUCCCAGUUCCCCAUGGUCAAGGUCUCAGAGGGGAAGUACAAAGUGGGGGACUCCAACACCCUCAUCUUCGUGCGGGUGCUCCGGAGCCACGUGAUGGUGCGCGUGGGGGGCGGAUGGGACACGCUGGAGCAUUACCUGGACAAGCACGACCCGUGCCGCUGCGCCUCACUUGCCCACCGCCAGUCCCGAGCUCCCCCCGCCUGCCCCAGCCCCGGUCCCUCCCGGCGCCCCCCCAGCAGAGCCGUGGGGCUCACAGGCACCCCCAGGCCUGGCUCCAGGCAGGAGGGGGGGUCCCCGCGGAGGGCUUCAGCCCCACACACCGGCCCUGGCAGCCCUGGCAGGAGCCCCGCACGCACCGCACUCAGGCCCCGCGCCCGCCGCUGCUCGGGCGACAGCGACUCCUCGGCCUCCUCCGUGCCCAGCGCCCCCUCGAGCGCCCCGAGACCCCGCGAGGAGCCGGAGCCGCAGCGCUCCCGCAGCCCCGGUCCUCCCCGCACCCCGCAGCGCUCCCGCAGCCCCGGGGCGCAGCCGCUGCUCCUCAUCAGCCGCGGCCCCGCCGGGCAGCACUCGUGGAGCCGCGCCCCGCCGCGGGAGGAGCCGGAGCGGGGCCCGCGCUGGUUGGAGCCCGCUCAGGAGCAGCGGCUGCUGCGGGAGCUGGAGCGGGAGCUCCUCGCCAACACCCGCGCCAUGGCCGAGCUGGAGCGGGCGGAGCCGCCCCCCGCGCCCCCCGCCGCCGACUCCGCCUAUUGCUCCUCCAGCUCCUCCUCAUCCUCCCUCAGCGUCUUCGCCAAGGCCGGAGCCGCCGCUCCCCCCCGCACCGCCCGUGCGGGGCCGCGGCCCCCUCCCUGCAGCUCCUCCGAUGAGAGCGGCGACGGCCCCGGCUCCGACACGGACUGGGGAGCGGCGGAGGACGAGCCCCCCCCGCCGCGGCCCCGCGCCCGGCCCCGCCUGGACACGCAGCCCCAUAGGAAGCCGUCGAGGAUCCCCACGCCGCGGGGCUGUGGGGCAGCGCCCCCCCGCGGCAGCCCCAAGGCCGGGGGGCACCGGCCGUGGGGGGCUCUGCAGAGCGUCCUCUCCUCCUUCCUGGAGCCCGCCUGGGCCCCGCGGGAGCACCAGGGGCUGGAGGAGGACUCGUGGCCGUGAGGCACCC